AUGUCGCUUGAUGAGUAUAGAACCGAAUUGAAAGCAGCUUUACACCAAUAUCCUAAUUUCCCUAAACAAGGUAUCUUAUUUGAGGAUUUUCUGCCUAUUUUCAGAUCUCCAGACUUGUUCCAGAAGUUAAUUGCUGCUUUCAAACUUCAUUUCAGCACAGCUUUUCCCAAUACAAAAAUUGACUACAUUGUUGGUUUAGAAGCUCGUGGUUUCUUAUUUGGUCCAUGUUUGGCAUUGGCUAUUGGUGCUGGUUUUGUUCCAGUACGUAAGGCGGGCAAAAUGCCGGGAAAAGUAGCUCAAGCUAAAUAUAGUAAGGAAUAUGGUGAAGAUGUGUUUGAAAUCCAAGUCGAGUCCAUUCCAGAAGGUGCUACAGUUGUUAUUGUGGAUGAUAUCAUCGCUACUGGUGGAUCAGCAUAUGCUGCCGGUGAUUUGGUUCUACAAUUGAAGGCUAAGAUUUUAGAGUUCGCCUUUGUAAUGGAAUUGGACUUCUUGAAAGGUAGAGAUAAAUUACAAGCUCCUACCUUCACAUUGCUAAAUGGUCAAGAAAAAAGCCUAGACGGUUAA